GCUUAACGAUUUAAAAUUAUUAGCACAACUUCGUAUCCCGCGUUGGUACAACAACACAGGUUUGUGGACUGAUUGUUAUCCCCAAACAAAUUCAGAUGAUCCUGAACGAAUAAUCAACACCGAGAUGCAUAUAUUUUGCGAUGCCUCCUUGAAGGCAUAUGCAGCUGUUGUUUAUUGGCGAUUUAUUCGCACGGAUGGUAAGGUGUUCAUUUGUUUUGUCACUAGCAAAAGUCGGGUGAGCCCGUUACGACCGGUGUCCGUACCCCGGUUGGAACUUCAAGCAGCACUGCUAGCUGCACGUUUGGCGAGCACGGUCCGGACGGAGCACACCGACAUCACACCGACUAGACGGUAUUUUUGGACAGAUUCUAAAACUGUCUUGCAAUGGAUUCGAAGCGAUCCACGUACGUUCAAACCGUACGUCGCCCAUAGGUUGGGCGAGAUAGACGAGUUGACUCGCGUCAUGGAAUGGAGGUACGUACCAACAGGCUUGAACGUAGCAGAUGUUGCUACGCGUGAGGACGCCCCAGAGAUCUUAUACUCUGAUAAUGGAACCAACUUUAGAGGUGCAGAUGCCGAGCUUAAGCGCAGUCUCCAGGAGCUGAAUUUUGAACGCCUACAGGACGACGGUUUGGUAAGAGGCAUAGAAUGGCGUUUUAUUCCUCCAGGUGCUCCAGAAAUGGGUGGCGCCUGGGAGCGAUUGGUGCGCUCUGUCAAAACGGCAUUAAAGGUCGUACUUAAGGAACGAGCACCACAUUUCGAUACUUUGUCUACUCUGAUGUGCGAAGUGGAAGCUUUAAGCAAUAGCCGACCCAUCACUCAUGUUUCUACUGAUUCUAAUUACCCAGAAGCUUUAACACCUAACCAUUUUCUAAUAGGUACCUCCUCGAGUGGAACUCCUUACGUUAGAACGCGGUUCGUGGAAGCAUGGCGUAGUGAGUGCGGCCCAUGCCGGAGAGGACGGCAGAGUGCGUUGCGUUGA